CAAAUAAUUUAUAUUAAAUGCUGAAUCCUAUUAAAUUAUAUAGUAAAAUAUAACCGAAAAUAAAUCGCUAGUGAUGCAAGUUUAACACGUGGCUUCGUGAUUUGAAAUUGACACGAUUUCGAUGUAUAUUUCAACACGUUAGAGCAUCAAAAGACUUAAAUUUAAAUGUUAUAUUAUUACAAAUUGUAUAAAGUAUCAGCUGAUGAUUAAUUCAUGCUUGUUCCUUUAAUUUAUACAGUAUAUUACUAUGAUUCGGGACAUUCUAUAAAUAUAAUCCAUAAUGGAAUGGAUUUUGAUAAUUGCUGCUGCAAUUCAUCUUAUUAUUUGCCCAUAUACAAAAGUUGAAGAAAGUUUUAACUUACAAGCAAUACAUGAUUUACUCUAUCAUGGUUCAAAUAUUUCUCAGUAUGAUCAUUUGGAAUUUCCAGGAGUAGUUCCAAGAACAUUUUUAGGACCUAUAGUCAUUUCUAUGUUCUCUGUGCCAUUUGUAACUAUUGUCAAUACUUUUGGUUUAAGUAAAUUCAUAAUUCAAUAUAUAGUUCGUGCUAUUUUGGGAUCUUUUGUGAUAUUUGCAUUUUACCUGUAUCGAUGUUCUUUAGAAAAACAGUUUGGAAAUGUCUUAACAACAUGGUUGGUGCUUAUUACUGCUUCACAAUUUCAUUUUAUGUUUUAUUUAUCAAGAACUCUUCCAAAUACAUUUGCACUAAUUUUAGUUUUAUUAGCAUAUCAUUUUUGGUUAAGACAAAAACAUCAACAACUAAUUUUUACAACAGCUGUGGUUGUAAUAGUCUUCCGUGCUGAGUUAGCCAUAUUAUUGGGAUUUAUUAUUCUCAUUGAGUUAAUCUCAAAAAGACUUGUCAUAAUAGAUGUUUUAAAAUGGGGCAUUCCAAGUGGAUUACUUAUUUUAGGUGUAACAAUAAUAGUUGAUUCAUAUUAUUGGCAAAGAAUUGUAUGGCCUGAAGGAGAAGUAUUUUGGUUCAAUACAAUAUUAAACAAAAGUUCACAAUGGGGUACAUCACCAUGGUCAUGGUAUUUUUAUUCUGCAUUACCUCGUGCUUUGGGUUGUUCUUUUCUUUUAAUUCCUUUGGGUUUUGUGAUAGACAGAAGGAUUAGAAUUCUUAUGUUCCCAGCAAUAGGUUUUGUUUUACUUUUAUCUUUUCUACCACAUAAAGAACUUCGUUUCAUCAUGUAUGUAUUUCCACUAAUGAAUACAGCAGCUGCAAGGACUUGUUCAUAUUUGUGGCAUCAUAGAUUAAAAUCUCUCUUACAUGUGUUCUUAAUAAUAUGUACUUGUCUUCAUUUAGUUGUAAAUUUAUUUACAACUGGUCUUAUUUUGUACAUAUCAUCAUAUAAUUAUCCAGGUGGUUUUGCAAUAUCUAGACUACAUCAAUUGGAAAACAGUUAUGAAGGUAAUAUAUAAAAUUAAGCUACAAAUUUAUCGCUUGUCCCAUAAGUAAUGUCAUUUUUCAAUUUAAUAUAUAUUAUCCAUCAG